UCUGGAUCAUUGCACUAUGUGUUUGAUUGAGCUACACGAACCACUCACGUCAGAACUUUAUGGUCAGACCUAAACUGUCCUGCGCACAGAACAGCACGGAUGAUGUGUUUUGCGCAACAGUUUUUCAAUGAAAGAAAAGACGCACAGAAGGAGAGAUGGGCACCUUAUCAGGACCUUCAUUUACGCGGUUAUGGGGAAAACGUCCAUUCGCCGUGCUGGUGGUACCUGUAGUGCUUGUGGCUCAAUUUUGCGAAUCUUUUAAUCUGGAUACAGAGAAACGCGUCGUUUUCUCCGGACCACCUGGAAGUUAUUUUGGCUAUUCUGUGGAAUUCUUCAAUGGUAACUCAUCCAGUGUGAGCAUUUUGAUAGGGGCCCCAAAAGCCAACACAACCCAGCCUGGAAUUACUGAAGGAGGAGCCGUCUUCCUGUGCCACCAAUACCAAGCUAACUGCAGUUUUAUCAACUUUGACAAGCAAGGUGAUCAGUAUUUCUUUAUAAAUGAUGUGAACACUCGGGUUGAGUUCAAGUCCAAUCAGUGGUUUGGAGCGACUAUACGUUCCAAAGGCAACAAUAUUCUGGCUUGUGCUCCCAGGUAUUAUUGGAGGACCGAACAUGAUACCCCCUUCUCUGAUAUGACCGGAACUUGUUACCUUUCAGUGGACAGCCUCAAAUCAUUUGUGGAAUAUGCUCCUUGUCGAACAGAAAGACAUGGACCUGCAGGACAGGGCUAUUGUCAAGGAGGAUUUAGUGCUGACUUCACCAAGGAUGGAAGAGUUGUUCUUGGUGGACCAGGCAGCUUUUACUGGCAAGGUCAGCUGAUAUCAGCAAUGCCAGAUGAGAUCGUUAAGGCCUAUUACCCUUCAUAUUUUUUACUGUCGGUUGCUGGACAGAUUCAAACAAGACAGGUGCAGGGAAGCUAUGAUGACAGUUACUUGGGUUAUUCCGUGGCUGGAGGCGAGUUCAGUGGGGAUGAUGAGGAAGAUUUCAUCACAGGAGUUCCAAAAGGACUCAUGCUGUAUGGUUUAGUGUCCAUAUUCAAUGCAAGAGAUCUAAAAUCAAUGCUCAACGUGACAGGAGAGCAAAUGGGGUCCUACUUUGGCUAUGCAGUGGCAGCCACAGACAUCAACAAUGAUGGACUGGAUGACCUGAUAGUGGGAGCGCCAAUGUUCAUGUUCCGAGGGUCAAAUGGGCGCCUUGAGGAGCUUGGGAAAGUGUACAUCUACCUUCAAAAGGGUCCUUUGGAACUUGAGCCCAGCCUACAGCAUCUACUCGGUCAGCAGCCAUUUGGUCGAUUUGGCACAUCACUGGCACCUUUGGGGGAUCUCAACCAAGAUGGAUUUAAUGAUAUGGCCGUCGGCUGUCCUUACGGAGGAGAAGACAAACAGGGACUGGUUCUUAUUUACAACGGUUAUCCCAUGGGAUUGAAGAACACGCCCACUCAAACGCUCUCUGGCCACUGGGCUUCCAGCUCUUUUCCAGCCAACUUUGGUUUUGCUCUACGAGGCAACACAGAUCUAGAUCUAAAUGGCUACCCAGACCUGAUUGUUGGUGCUUUUGGAGUUGACAAAUCUGUUCUUUAUAGGUCUCGACCAAUAGUAACUGCAAGUGCUUCCCUCACUGUACAGCCAACAAUGUUUAACCAGGAAGAGAAGCUCUGUGAGCUUUCCCCAAGGAAUGGAACUACUGCUGUGUCUUGUAUCAGCAUCAGUUUCUGCCUGUUGGCUCAUGGAAAGCACCUACCAGCUCAUCUAGACUUUAUGGUGGAAAUUCAGCUGGACAGUAUGAAGCAGAACCAGAAAGAAUCUGUCAGGAGGACACUGUUUCUAGAUAGUAUGCAGCCCAGUUUGGUGAAGACUUUCAGCCUCGCCAACGGACAUCGCCUAUGCCAUGACACAAGAAUUUAUCUACGAGCAGAAGGGGAGUUUCGAGAUAAACUCUCCCCCAUAUUCAUCAGCCUGGCCUUUAGCCUGGAUCCUCAAGCCCCAGAAGACCAAUAUGGCCUCAGACCCAUCUUGAACUAUCAGACUGAACAACUAAUAGAACAGAAGGCCCAGAUUCAACUGGAUUGUGGAGACGACAACAUCUGUGUCCCUGACCUGAAGUUGGCUGUCUAUGGUGACAGAAAAGAGGUUUACCUGGGGGAUGAAAACUCCUUGAGCCUCACCUUUAAUGCCAGGAACGAAGGAGAAGGAGGUGCCUACGAGGCUGAACUCUACGUACUGCUUCCCAAAGAGGCUGACUACAGUGGGAUAGCGCGCAACAAUGCGACUCUGACUCAGCUAACAUGCAGCUACGAGGCAGAAAAUGAGACCCGCUUCCUUAAAUGUGACUUGGGAAACCCCAUGAAACCUGGCACAAGUUUUUGGGCAGGUCUACGGUUCACUGUUCCCAGACUCACAGACACCCAUAACGCUAUACAGUUUGAGCUUCAGCUAAGAAGUAAAAAUGCAAAUAACUCGGAGAGUGAAGUAGUUCUACACAAGUUGGAGUUAGCUGUAAUGGCUAAUGUUAUUCUGCAGGGUGUUUCUCGGCCAGACAAAGUCUUCCUCCCUCCCCCCAAUUGGAGUGUUAGUCAGACUCUGGUGAAAGAGCAGGACAUCGGCCCUGAGCUUCAACAGGUCUAUGAGUUGGUCAACAACGGCCCUAGUACUGUCAGUCAAACCACGUUAUUGGUGAGAUGUCCUCUCAGGGCUCAUGGCCAUGACCUGCUCUACCCUGUGGAGGUGCUCACUGAGGGACCUCUCAGCUGUUCCUCCAAGCAUGCCCUGAAUGCACUGAAACUCAAGCUUCAGUCUCAACCUUCAAGAAGUUACUCAACUCUGAAGUCAAGUAUGGAACAUCAAAUCCAGAAGAGAGAGACCAAAGGGCCCAUGAUUGGACAAGGAAACUUGUCGUGUUCAACUGUGGAGUGUUGGCAGCUUGAGUGUAACAUUGGGCUGCUGGAGAGAGGUGCCAGCGUUAUCCUGAGUGUCCAUUUCAGACUUUGGGCUGAGACUUUCCUCGAGAGGGCCUACAAACCGUAUGUUUUGGAGUGUUCCGUUCAGUUCAGUGUCAACCAAAUGCCCUAUGCUAUUCCUCCAAAAUCCAAACAAUCUGGAUCUAAAAAUGUAGUAACCUCAGUGCUGUGGAACAAACCAGACAGCCUGUUUUAUGUUCCUGUGUGGAUCAUCAUCCUUGCUGUUCUAGCCGGGCUGCUUCUUCUCUCACUGCUCAUAUAUCUGCUGUACAAGAUGGGCUUCUUCAAAAGGUCAGAUCCAUAUGGUACUACCAUGGAGAAGGCCCAGCUCAGACCACAAGCAUCAUCAGAAGCCUAAUCAGAGGGAUGGAGCAGCUCUUCAACACAACUGGAAUAUUAUCCCAUUCCUAAAUUAUUAAUGAGACUUGAUUAGCAGGAAUUGUUGGUGGACAUUAUGGGUGUUUGAUCACUGGACCACGUAUUACCUGGUGCUGCACUAAAAUAUAAAACACAAAGAUGAGAAGGACAUGCAGUUAACUGUCCACUGCUGUUGAAGACAUCAACUUUUACUUCCUCCCACAUUUCAAAAACAUUCAAGUGGCUUAAUUGAAGAGUAAAUUUCCCAUAGGUUUGAAUGUAAGUGUAAAUAAUUGUUUCUUGCUAUGCUGGUGGCUGGUUACUAGUCAAUAUCCCAUCUGCUCACCCGGGAUGUAAAUUAGGGCAGUCAGUAUAGAAUAUAGAUGGAUGGGUGUUAAAUUCACAUUAGUGGCUUAACAAUUUAAUUCCGUAAAGAUGGAGCCAGACAAAACAGUAUUCGUUAAUGUUGCUAUUACAAUUUCAUUAACCAGCCUAUUGUAAAUGUCUCGUAAGAGAAUUUCCUCUUUUUCUGCUUACCAAAAGAUGCACACUGGUCCUUUAAAGGCCUGUUUCAGUCCAGGAAACACAAACAAAAGGCAUAAAUGCUCUGGAAUUUCUUCUCUCUGAAAAGAUUCAGUCCAGUUUGCAAUUUAGGUUCAGAUUGGUAUUUCUUGAUGUCACUGAUAUUACUUUUGUAAGGAUUUCAAACCAAAAAUAUCGUUAUUUAUGCUACAGUGUCAUGUUGUGAAAUGUACUGUACCGCCUGCAGGACAAUCCUGAACAAACUGCAAUGUCUAACUUGAAAAUUAUCUCUCCCAUAUUGGGAGGCAUUCUUUGUGUAUGUUGUAAAGUAUGGUGUUUAUGCUUUGACUCAGAAUAAAGCCUUAUUUUGUAUA